AAUUAUAACAAGAUCUCUUGUUUGCUUGACUGUGCACUGUCAUCAAUCAAAACCUAAAAGAAGUACAGAACCAAAAAAAAAAAAAAAAGAAAAAUUCAUUUUGAAUUCGUAAAGAUAUUUUCUUUUCGAGGAUUGUGGUGUUUGUUUUUCUUUUUUUCUGGCACUCGGCGUCUUCUAAAUCUUGAGGUAUCUGCUUGAUGAGGAAUUAAUUAUCAGGAUUUGUAGAAAACCAGGUUUUCUAGUUUUGUGAGCAUGGAUAAAGUAUCCUCUGACUGUCCAUAUCCAGGAUGUUUCUUUUGUGUCAUGAAGGAAGGGAGCCCGAGCAAGCGCAGAGCAAGUAUACUAAAGUUUUUCCGAGAUCUUCCUUCACAGGAUAACGAUGGUCAGGUUCUACCUAUUAGUGGACUUUGGAAUACUGCCAUGGCGCAUCCCAAUGAUCCCGAAUUUAUCGAGUUGGGAAUAUUUGAAUGCAUGGCAGCGCUUAUCUGGAAGGGUUUAAAGAACCGCCGCUGGCUAUCCCACGAUCAAAAUAUAUAUAUCCCAUACUAUGCAGCGCAUAUAAUUGGAUCUUACACUAUGAAUAUGGAAGAAUUUGCAGAAACAGCAGUGCGUGCCGGGGUAAUCCCACCCUUAGUUGAACUUCUUAGAGGGAGGUUAACAUGGGUUGAACAACGAGUGGCUGUCAGAGCUCUAGGGCAUUUAGCGACCUAUGCCAGCACUUUUCCUGCUGUAGCUAGUCAUGGCGAGAUUUUAGAGCUCUCCAUGCAGCUGGCAGUGAGUUCACUUGAAAUUGUAUACUCCCACUUUUACCAGUAUGUUGACCAGAGGUUCGGUUAUCAUUGUGAUCUUCUUACACGUGGCAUGGGCGGUGUUGAAAUGGAGUCAAGGAAAGCCGAGGAAUGGGCUAGCCAGCUUCAGUGUUGGUCCCUUCAACUCAUCAAUUGCUUUGCUUUCAAAUCUGAAUUUCUUCCGACUAUAUGCAAACCGGAAUUUCUAACAAAACUUCCAGGCAUGUGGGGUGGACUUGUUAAUGAAAACUCGCCUGCCGGUAUUGGUUUAUUACGGACAAUUUGUCAUCAUAAGAUUGGCAGGGGACCAGUCGCUAGCUGCACUGGCAUUAUAGAGGCAUUGUGUAAUAUUGCACGAUCAUCAGAUGAUUGGCAGUAUAUGGCCAUUGACUGUCUUUUAUGGUUGCUCCAAGAUCCAAAUAUUAGUAAUAAGGUUAUUGAUAAGGCUGUACCUGCAUUAGUUGACCUUGCAGAAAUCUCAACUCUUGGGGAUCAUAAAAAACUUGGGGAUUCAAUUGUUAAUGUUCUUCGGGAAUGCAUUCAAUCACAAGGAGCAGGCCGCAACUCAAUCAGUUCCCAUGCAAAAGAAGAGGUAGAGGAGCUACUAAAUUCUCGACAGAGAUUAAAAUGGGAGAAAAAUAUGCUGAAAGAGGAUCUUCAUAUCAAACAGGCAGCUGCUUUAGUUGUAAAACUCGAAGGAAAUUCCCUGUUCUCAUCAGGAGAUAUUUCUGGUGCUCCUUCGAAGUAUUCAGAAGCAUUGGCUUUGUGUCCAAUGAGGUCAAAGAAAGAGAGAGUUGUACUGUACAGUAAUCGAGCUCAGUGUAAUCUUUUAUUACAACAGCCACUGGCUGCCAUAAGUGAUGCUACACGUGCACUUUGUAUUCAUAGCCCAAUUAAUCGUCAUGCGAAAAGCCUUUGGAGACGAGCGCAAGCAUAUGACAUGCUCGGUUUAGCCAAGGAGAGUUUGUUAGAUGCUAUUCUGUUCAUAAACGAGUGCUCCCAAUCGAGUGAUCCCGAUCUGUCCUUGAGGCAAAACAAGGUUCCUGACUAUGCUGAGCGUUUAGUUAAGAAACAAAUGCGUGCUGCUUGGUUAUUUAGAGAGGCUGCAAUUAAACAUGGGGGAGUACAAUGUGAAGGGGACGCUGGGGAUAUGUAUGGACAAGAGACUGAUGAUUCUGAAUGGGAAACUGCAAGUGAAAGUGAUAUAGGAAAUGAUGAAAGAGAUGACUUUGGUAAGAAUGAUCGUGCAUGGAAGGCUGACAUUGAACGGAAAGAAAGAUACAAUAAAGCUAUGACAAAAGACAUGAAGCAGGGAUACAACAUGCUGCUCAUGGAGGAUGAAGCAUAGUCACGUGUCAGGUCAAGCUAAGAAAUCGAAUAUGAAAGAGAAAUACAAAGAAAUGAAAUGUUAAUGGAUUUUCUUUGCUCAUAUUGUAUCUUCAACGAUCGGGAUCCUUUAUUGUUGCUCAAACAUUUAUUGAUGCAGAAUCUUGAAACUCAGUUGGGAUUUAGGAAUGCGAUAUACGUUGCAAUAUAGCUGCUGCAGCUCAUAGCAUCAAAUACGUGGUGUCCUGUGGCGCAGUCGAAUUCUAUUUCUAGUUAAAUGUGUGUUUUUUAAUGUUAGUUUUGUUUAAGCACUUCAAUAUAUAUGCAAUCUAGGUAUUGAUCACUGGUUGUGCUUUAUUGUUUGCUUUUUAAUGUGUAUCCAUGUUUAUUGUUUUGUAACAUUCAUAAAGUUUCUGUAUAUAAACCUUGGAGAAUUUUGAGUGGAUGAUUGACUUUGAACAA